AUGACAGAGUCCAAAGAGGAGGACUUUCUUCAGGAAGGCCGUGAGGCAAGAGAAAGGCCUGAGGCUUCUCCAGGAAUACUACCCGAGGAUAUGUUCUUCCAAAGGAGAGCUGAUGAAACUGGAGAUGUGUGGGACACAACUAGUGAAAACGAAACUUAUCAGGUAUUGGAGGAAAGUGAUACGACUCUAGAAGUGCAAGAAAACUUUGAGAAUCACAAGGUCCAAAAAAACCUGGUGGGAAACCAGCAGGAUAAAGGAAAUAGUGAAUCGAUUGCUUUUCUCAAUGGUAACUACCAUGGAGCAAUACAGGAAGGAAAGAGAAGGAUUGAAUGUUCUACCUGUGGGAAAACCUUUGCUAGUGUAGCAAACCUGAAAGCACACUGGAAUAUCCACACAGGGGAGAAACCAUAUGACUGCUUGGAAUGUGGAAAGAGAUUCAGUCAAAGCUCAGCUCUUCAGGUGCAUCAAAGAACCCACACAGGAGAGAAACAAUAUAAAUGUUUUGAAUGUGGAAAGAAGUUUGCAUAUAGUACGUACCUCAUUCUGCAUCAAAGAAUCCACACAGGAGAGAAACCAUAUAAAUGUCUAGAAUGUGGAAAGAGGUUUUGUAGAAAAUCGAACCUUACGGUGCAUCAAGGAACCCACACAGGAGAGAAACCCUAUAUAUGUCUGGAGUGUGGAAAGGGGUUUAUUGUAAGAUCGUACCUUGUUAGACAUCAAAAAAUUCAUGCGAGGGAGCAACUGUAUCUUUUCCACAAGCCUGGCAAUAGCUUCAGCCAGAGUCAACAGGAAAGAAACCACAUGGGUGAAAAACCGUAUAAAUGUUUAGAAUGUGGGAAGAGCUUUGUGCAAAGUACGACCCUCAUUCGACAUCAAAUGGUCCACACAGGCGAGAAACCAUAUAUCUGUCUGGAAUGUGGAAAGAGUUUUAGGCAGAGUAAAAAUCUCAUUAUGCAUCAAAGAACCCACGCAGGUGAAAAGCCAUAUAAAUGUUUAGAAUGUGGAAAGUGCUUCACUGAGAGCACCAACCUCACCAUGCAUCAAAAUACCCACACAGGCAACAAACCAUAUAUAUGCUCAGAAUGUGGAAAGAGCUUUAGGCAUACCUCAGGCCUUGCUAUGCAUCGAAGACUACACACAGGAGAGAAGUUGCACGAGUGUUUGGAAUGUGGAAAGAAGCUCACGACAAAUGCAAACUUCAUCAAACAUCAACUACUCCACAAAGGGGAAAAACCAUAUAAAUGCCUGGAAUGUGGAAGGAGCUUUAGUCUGAGUGAAAGGCUUAUGAACCACCAAAGAAUCCACAAAGAAGGGAAACCAUUCCAGUGCCUGGAUUGUGGGAAAAGCUUCAGUCACAGCGUAACUCUUAGGAGACAUAAAGAUACGGAGACAGGGGAGUGUAAAAAGGGCGUCAGUCAGACGCAGAGAAGGCCCAGGAUCCAGAACAAGAAGAAGCCGUAUCAGUGCCUGGAUUGUAGAAGUUGCUUUAAUAACCCCUCGAACCUUCUUAGGCAUCAACUAAUCCACACGGGAGAGAAGCCAUUUAAAUGCCAGGAAUGUGGAUUUUGCUUCAGCCAGCACUCCAACCUUAUGAGACAUGUGCUUAUUCACACUAGGGAAAAACAAUCUGGAGAUGUAUGGGACACAGCUAGUGAAAACGAAAGCUGUCUGGUAUUGGAUGAAAGUGAUACGACUCUAGAAGUGCAAGAAGAGUUUGAGACUCAUAACGUCCACGGAAAAAUGGUGGGAAACCAAUUGGAUAAAGGAAAUAGUGAAUCGAUUGCUUAUCUCAGUGGUAGCUACCAUGGAGCCAUACAGGAAGGAAAGAGAAGGAUUGAAUGCUCUACCUGUGGGAAAACCUUUGCUAGUAUAGCGAACCUGAAAGCACACUGGAAUAUCCACACAGGGGAGAAACCAUAUGACUGCUUGGAAUGUGGAAAGAGAUUCAGUCAAAGCUCAGCCCUUAAGGUGCAUCAAAGAACCCACACAGGAGAGAAACAAUAUAAAUGUUUUGAAUGUGGAAAGAAGUUUGCAUAUAGUACAUACCUCAUUCUGCAUCAAAGAAUCCACACAGGAGAGAAACCAUAUAAAUGUCUAGAAUGUGGAAAGAGGUUUUGUGGAAAAUCGAACCUUACUGUGCACCAAGGAACCCACACAGGAGAGAAACCCUAUAUAUGUCUGGAGUGUGGAAAGGGGUUUAUUGUAAGAUCGUGUCUCGUUAGACAUCAAAAAAGCCAUGCAAGGGAGCGACCGUAUCUUUCCCCCAAGCCUGGCAAUAGCUUCAGCCAGAGUCAACAGGAAAGAAACCACAUGGGUGAAAAACCGUAUAAAUGUUUAGAAUGUGGGAAGAGCUUUGUGCAAAGUACGACCCUCAUUCGACAUCAAAUGAUUCAUACGGGUGAGAAACCAUACACCUGUCUGGAAUGUGGAAAGAGCUUUACACAGAGUGAAAACCUCAUUAGGCAUCAAAAGAACCACACAGGUGAAAAGCCAUAUAAAUGUUUAGAAUGCGGAAAGAGCUUCAUUGCGAGCACCAACCUCACCAUGCAUCAAAAUACCCACACAGGUGACAAACCAUAUACGUGUUUGGACUGUGGAAAGAGCUUUAGGCAUACCUCAGGCCUUGCAAUGCAUCGAAGACUACACACGGGAGAGAAGUUGCACGAGUGUUUGGAAUGUGGAAAGAAGCUCACGACAAAUGCAAACUUCAUCAAACAUCAACGACUCCACAGUGGGGGAAAACCAUAUAAAUGCCUGGAAUGUGGAAGGAGCUUUAGUCUGAGCGAAAGGCUUAUGGACCACGAAAGAAUCCACAAAGAAGGGAAACCCUUCCAAUGCCUGGAUUGUGGGAAAAGCUUCAGUCACAGCGUAACUCUUAGGAGACAUAAAGAUGCAGAGACAGGGGAAUGUAAAAAGGGCGUCAGUCAGAUGCAAAGAAUUUCAAGGGCCCAGAACAAGAAGAAACCGUAUCAUUGCCUGGAGUGCAGAAGUUGCUUUAAUAACCCCUCAAACCUUCUUCGACAUCAACUAAUCCACACAGGAGAGAAGCCAUUUAAAUGCCAGGAAUGUGGAUUUUGCUUCAGUCAGCACUCCAACCUUAUGAGACAUGUGCUUAUUCACACUAGGGAAAAACAGUAGAUAUGCUCAGCCUUGGGGAAUGGUGACUCUUAAGUAAACACUAUUAAG